CUUCGAACGUCAAAAUACGUUCGCGUUGACUGCAAUGAGUGCAUUAGUGUGCGUGUGAGUGCAAUAUAGUUACAUCCAUUAAUUAACAAUCUACUCUACUAUUGCUACCGAAUGUAUUAUGUUUCACCACACCAACGCGAGGAAAAUACUAAAUGUAAAAUAUGACAAAUCAAAUCCGAAUGAAUGAUAUUAAAUAUUUAUCAACACGAGGAAACAAUUCAAAACUACUUUGCCACUCUUGCGGAUAAAAUGCUAUUUUCGCAUCAGUUAUUGAAUAAUAAAGAGAGGCGCCAUUACGCGCAGGUGUGGUUAAAAAACAAUUGUAAAUAUCAAUAUAUCUUCUUAUAUUUUAGAAUAUAGAGUGGCAAUCUAAGAACGCUGAAUUGGAUGAAGAAACUACAAAGUUACGAGAACUCGUUUUCGUAACACUAAAAAAAUUAGAAGCUAAACUAACUCAGAGCUUAGACGUUGCCAAAACGUCAUACUUGGAAAGAGACAAUCUGUUAAAAAAAAUUGAACGCUUACAAAGAGAACUUACAAUACUCAAGAAAAGUAAACAAAUGGAGGAUACUAACGAUAACAAGAAAAUUUUAGAGGAUUUGCACCGAGAGCGAGCGUCUUGUGCUAGAAUGAAAGAGAUACUGGCAGUAGCGGAGGACAGGGCCACGGCGGCGCGCGCGCGCUGUGCCGAGCUCGAGCGCCAGCUCAGCGCCAACACCAGCCGCCCCAAGUGGGCGAGUAGCCCCAAACAAUUGCACAGUAAUUGUCACGGAGUAAGCCAUGACUCUCAUAUAAAGAAAUCAGAGCCUCAAAAGAAUGAAGUAACUGUUGAAGUGUUAUCUAGGCAACGCGAUAAACUGCAGUUAAAAGUCAAAGAACUUCAAGAACGUGCCACAGUAUUAAUGCAAGAGGCUGAGAAGCGGGAGACUCAGCUAACGACUCUACUGUCGAAGCUAGAGGAUCAGGAACAAAGAAAGGAAUCAUCGGAAUCGCAGGCCCAGGAGACAGAAAAACGUUUAAGAGAUCUACAGGAGCAAUAUAAUUUCUUACAAGAACGUUGCCGUGCUUUGGUUGAAGCGCAGCACAUGAAAUGUCUGGAAUACUUACCUCGGAAAGUUCCAUGUUCAUGUGAAGAUUUAGACAUUCUAUAUGACUUGCAAGCAACUAAGAACGCCCUAGGGCGCGCGAGUAAAGACCUGGAUCACAGUCGUGCGGACAAGAAAGUCUUGAAUGGACUUGAAAACGAGAUGGCCGGGGAAUUGCAAACCGAAGAACAAACAGUUGCAAACUUGCAGACCAAAAUUGAAGAACUUACAGAAAAUAAGAAAAUAAUGGAAGAAAACCUGACAUGUUAUGAGAAUCAGAUCUCCGCUCUUCGUACGGAAGUCAGUCUGCUACGAAGUUUUAACGAUUACAAAUCCUGCGAUCACGAAAUUCCCCACGAAGAGCUGGAAAGCCAAGUUUUCGAGCUGUGCUUGCACGUGGAGCGACUAACGCGCGAGCGUGAGUCACUGGCAUCGGAAGCAAUGGCACGCACACUGCUGCUGGAGCGGCACGAGCGCUGCGCGGAGCUGUUCGCACGCGUCACGCGCGCGAAACAUGAGCUCGCCGCUCAACUCGCAGAAACCGUUAAUACUACGCCAUCUGUGCCACACGAACUGGGUAAUCGCGAGAUGUCAAACUUAAUGUCGAAGACGUACCUGAGCAGCGCGAGCACCUGGUCGGCGCUGCGCGCUGAGCGCGCCCGCGUGCUCCGGCUCGAGGGCGUCGUGUACGCGCAAGCGCAGCAACUAGAGCGCGAGAGCCUUGUGCGCAUCAAGCAGGACCGCCGGCGCGCGCAGCUCGAGCGCGAACUCCUACGAACCUGGGCUAGCGGGGCUACCGGCUCACACACCAGAAACACCUUCAAGGAAGCUGAUACCCUAACAUCCGAUUCCUUAUACGUAUGUAAGAAAGAUACCACAACGAAUCUAGAAUCAGCGCAUUGACGCGUCUAUCGCAACACGUUUUCGACAACCUUCUCAUAAUCUUCCCUUAAUAGACACGGUGUGGUCGGUCUUUUCCGCGUUUUAUGUGUUUGGUAAAUUUAUGUCGCUUCCUUGUUACUUAUGUGUUUUUCAACAAGUAAAAUGUCAA